CGAAGAAGAGUUGAAAGUUGAAAAUUGGGACGCAUAGAUAAAUUGUUUACCGUACAAUAUAUUAACCUCUGUUUGUACUGUUGUUUUGUGCAGGCUUUUGCCAGGACAUUUACUUAAAUAGGACAAUUUCAUUACAUGGUACGACAAAAUGAGGAUUGCAAUAAUUGGACAAAGUAUGUUUGGAGCGGAUGUUUACAGACUCCUCCAGAAAGAUGGCCACCAUAUUGUAGGAGUGUUUACUGUACCUGAUGUCAAUGGAAAACCUGAUCCAUUGGCAUUAGCGGCAUCAACUGAUGGCAUACCUGUUUAUAAAUACAAACGAUGGCAGUUAAAGAAACAGGCUAUAUCUGAGGUCUUGGAGGAAUACAAGUCUGUAAAGGCAGAUCUCAAUGUUUUACCAUUCUGUUCACAGUUUAUACCCAUGGAUGUGAUCAACUUCCCAAAGAGCAAAUCUAUUAUCUAUCAUCCCUCUAUAUUACCAAGACACAGAGGAGCUUCAGCCAUAAAUUGGACAUUAAUUCAAGGAGAUCCCACAGCAGGUUUCUCUGUAUUUUGGGCAGAUGAUGGGCUAGAUACAGGACCAAUCUUACUCCAGAAGAAAUGUUAUGUUGCACCAAACGACACAGUAGAUUCAAUUUACAAUAGGUUCUUAUAUCCAGAAGGAGUCAAAGCUAUGGGAGAAGCUGUGAGACUAAUUACCGAAAACAGAGCACCAAGUAUUGUACAGACAGAGAAGGGAGCUACCUAUGAUGCCAUGCUGAACAAAAAAGCACUUACAGAGAUCAAAUUUGACCAGUCAGCACAAGAUGUGCACAAUUUCAUAAGAGGAUGUGACAAGGUUCCCGGAGCAUGGGCUACAGUUAAUGGACAGAAUGUUACUUUGUUUGGUUCCCGUGUGUGGGAUAGAAUUGAGCCAAGGGGUACCAGUGUAGAAGUGAAAGGAUCCAGUAAGCCUGGUAUUGUGCAUAAAUAUGGACUGGUGUUGUUUGGUAAUGAUGGCAAAAUGGUUAAUGUCAGCCAGAUACAGUAUGACAAUGGAAAAAUGAUCCAGGCUUCUAAAUUUGGCAAAGAAGACACAUCUCAGUCUAAAAUAGAAAUCACAUCAGAAGAAGAAGGAAUGAUUAAAGCAAUGAAGGAUAUAUGGAAAGGAAUUUUGAAUACUGAUGUAGAUGAAACCACCGAUUUCUUUAAAUCAGGAGCAGGAUCAAUGGAUGUUGUUAGAUUGAUCGAAGAAAUAAAACAGAAGUGUAAUGGCGUUGCUUUAGAGAAUGAGGAUGUUUACAUGAAUACCACAUUUGAAGAUCUGUCUAACUGCCUUGUCAAAAGAAAUAGAGGAAUAGAUGAUAAAGAACCACUAGUCUUUGAAGCUGUAAAGAUGCAUGUGAAUGACAUGGAUAUAUCAUUCCCACGACAACUGUUUAUAGACAAUGAAUUUGUAGAUGCCAGUUCCGGGGCCACAUUCAAUACAAUAAAUCCUAGCGAUGAAUCUGUGAUAUGUAGUAUAGCUAAAGGAACCCCUGAUGAUGUUAACAGGGCUGUCGAGGCAGCAAAGGUAGCUUUUGAGGAAGGAGAAUGGGGAAAGAUGAAUGCAAGAGAUCGUGGAACACUUAUGUACAAAUUAGCUGAUUUGAUGGAGCAGCAUCAAGAAGAAUUGGCAACCAUUGAAAGUAUAGAUUCUGGUGCUGUUUAUACUCUGGCUCUAAAGACACAUGUUGGCAUGUCUAUAACUACAUUCCGAUACUUUGCUGGAUGGUGUGAUAAAAUCCAGGGAAGUACCAUUCCAAUUAACCAUGCCAGACCAAGUAAAAAUUUAACAUAUACAAAGAAAGAACCUCUUGGAGUAUGUGCUAUUAUUACACCAUGGAAUUACCCAUUGAUGAUGUUGGCAUGGAAAAUGGCAGCAUGUUUGGCAGCUGGUAAUACUGUUGUGCUCAAACCAGCUCAGGUUACCCCAUUGACAGCUUUGAAAUUUGCAGAACUUGUUGUCAAGGCUGGUUUCCCACCAGGUGUUAUUAAUAUCCUUCCUGGUCCAGGGUCAUCUAUAGGUCAAGCCUUGUCAGAACAUCCACAUGUUAGAAAACUAGGAUUUACUGGAUCUACACCUAUUGGUAAAACAAUCAUGGAAAGCUGUUCCAAGGUGAAUUUAAAGAAAGUGUCCUUAGAACUUGGUGGUAAAUCUCCUCUGAUUAUCUUUAGUGACUGUGAUAUGGACAAGGCUGUUAGAAUGGGACUGAGUUCAGUCUUCUUCAACAAGGGAGAGAACUGCAUUGCUGCUGGAAGGCUUUUUGUAGAGGAGUCUAUACAUGAUGAAUAUGUAGAGAGAUGUGUUGCAGAAAUAAAGAAAAUGAAGAUUGGUAAUCCAUUGGACCGAUCAGUAGACCAUGGACCACAGAAUCAUAGAGCCCAUUUAGAGAAACUAUUAGAAUACUGUGAUACUGGUGUGAAAGAAGGUGCCACACUGGUGUAUGGAGGAAAACAAUGUGAUAUGAAAGGACUGUUUAUGGAACCAACAGUGUUUACAGAUGUAGAGGACCACAUGUUUAUUGCUGAUGAAGAAUCAUUUGGACCAGUUAUGAUUAUCUCUAAAUUCCAAGAUGGUGACGUAGAUGGUGUUAUUAAACGUGCCAACAACACAGAAUAUGGACUAGCAUCUGGUGUAUUUACAAAGGAUAUAAAUAAAGCUAUGUAUGUAGCAGACCAAAUAGACGCUGGAACAGUAUUUGUUAACACUUACAACAAGACAGAUGUUGCAGCACCAUUUGGUGGAUUUAAGCAGUCAGGAUUUGGCAAAGAUCUCGGUGAAGAAGCCUUACAUGAAUAUCUGAAGACCAAAGCUGUAACAGUGGAGUAUGGACAGCAGUAAAACAGGUCUAUUUCAGUGACAAAAGUCUUUCAUAAUUUGGUUGAAACAGACAUGGCAGACGACUCUGUUGAUACUAUAAAUAGAAACAGUUUUCACACCACCUGUCCCUAAGGACAGUUAUCAUUUGCUAAUAUAUGAUGUUUCUUUUACACUCCUUCAAGAUAGACAAAAAAACAAUAAUGCAUUCAGAUGUGUCUCAAGUAAAUUCUGAACAUUAUUGGAAUAACAAUCACCUGGGCAUUGUUUAUUUAUGGAGCUGUUUAUUUUUGUUCUAGUCUUGUUUAUCUCAUCUGAAAUAUACAACAAAGUGAAAUUGAUAUUUGUCAGUAUGAUAGCUGUUAGAUGAUAUAAUUCUUAAAGCUUUUAGGGAAUUAUGGAGAUAAUUUCACAAAACUUUUCAAUAGAAAUUGAGUUCAAGCUUAUUUGUUUGUGUUAAAAGAUAUUAUGAUAUGUUUUAAUUUUAAUCAGAGGAUUUAAAUUUUAAGUGUUUAAUAUAUGUACUUAAGUUUAGAUUGCAGUUUUGUAUUCAUUAGUGUAUUACAUGUAGACAUAUUUUUCAUGGCUAAGUUAUCUAAAAAUCAAAAUCAAAAUUUUAUGGUGUGAAAGUGAAUUUAAUGUUUUUUUGACCAUUUAACUUAGCUAUGAGAAUUUCAUGUUUUUUCAUUAAUUUUAUGAUCCUUAAAUAUUUUGCUUAGUUAAGGUUCUGAACACAAUGGCUUUCCCUUAAUUUGCAUAACCAAAAUGUCAAAAAGAACACUUUACAAUAAAAACUGAAGGUGUUUUUUUUAUCUUUGAGUAAUAUAUUGAACAAUUUUGUUAAAUCAUAACAAAUUAGUUGAAAAAGGAAGAACCUUGAUAACAAAAACAACAAAGAAAAAAAGAAAAGAAUGCUUUGUUAUUAUUUUUAUGCCCCAUUUAUGGGCAUUAUGUUUUUCGGUCUGUGUGUCCAUUUGUUCAUUCAUUCGUCCGUCCGUCUGUCCCGCUUCAGGUUAAAGUUUUUGGUCAAGGUAGUUUCUGAUGAAGUUGAAGUCCAAUCAACUUGAAACUUAGUACACAUGUUCCCUAUGAUAUGAUCUUUCUAAUUUUAUAGAGUUUUGACCCCAAUUUUAUGGUCCACUGAACAUAGAAAAUGAUAGUGUGAGUGGGGCAUCCUUGUACUAUGGACACAUGCUUGUUCAUUGAUGUAAUGUGUUUUAUUAAAUUUUUCUUUAUAUGAAGCAAACUGUUUUGAUUUUGCUUACAUUUUAAGGUGUUUUGUAAUGGCAGAAGGGGCUUGAGCUUUUUAAGAAUUUGAAAUUUUGUAUGAUGGAUUUCAAUGAAUGUUUAGCCUAUGUAUAUUAAUCUAAGAUAUUAGUAUUGAAUGAAAAGUUAAUGAUUUAUUAUGAUGAAUUGUUAUGUUCAGAGGCAGCUAAGUAUUUGCAGAUUUUAGUUGCAACUUGUACAUUUUGUGCAACAAAUUUUGAUGAUCCACAUAUGAUUACUGUAAUAAUGUUAGGUUGUUUUUGUAUUCAAAAUAAAAAUAAAAUCUCUUUGUUUAAUAUGUUUUGUUUUAAAGCAAGUUACAAAUUGUUUCAGGUUUCAGUUUUUUGUGCCACAAAAGGUCACAUGUUUCAAAAAGGCCAGCUUUUGAAAUAGUAUAUCAAAGCUGAUUUAAUUUGAAAUAGUUCGUUGUUAAGCUUAAAUUCUAGCUACUUACCAAUUAUCCUUAAGUAAAGUAUCUAGAACUUACAUAUAUAUUUGCGUAUAAUAUGUUUGUAUGUAUAUAGCUUGCCUUGAAAGUUAGUAGAAUUAUGUAUUGAAUAAAUGUAUUACAACUUUAGAGAUCAUCCCUUAGUGACUCCAUUCAUAGUUGUUAUCUGAAUCAAUCUAUCUUUUGACUGAUGAGUUUGAUAACAUGAGACAAUUGUUCAUUUCAGACAUGUUAAAUUUAAUAAAAAUUUAAACAAAAGGAUGUUCUCAAUGUUGUGAUAGAAAAAAGUUUCCCUGUAAUUUUGAUAUCAUUAUAGAGUAACGAUAUCAAAAUUACAGUGAAAACUUUCCUACAUGUCAGUUAUUAAGAUGUCACUAAAGUACAAAUUGUUUUGAAUACUUGGCUCUUUUAUAUGUACAUACAAUUUAGAUAUUGUGAAUAAAAGUAAUGCAUACUUUCCUUUUAAAACACAUGUGUAGUGAACAAUGUAUUUCAAUCCCAAGUAAAAAUUCCAAAAAUUAACUACAUUGUUUUUAAAUUGUGUUCAUGUUGUUUCAUAUAUAUUUUUGUACUUCUUUUGGGGAUAAAUAAAGAUACAACACCAUCAGUGAAAUUCUAAAAGAUAAUCAUCAAUUGAUUAUAGAAGGUUUUAUUUUAUGUAAUACCCUUCAUAGUUUUUGACAUAGUUGAACAGCGGUAUACUACUGUUGCCUUUAUUUGAUUAUUUUGAUUUUAUUUCAUGGUUUUGAGUGUUUAUUGAAGUCUUGGGUGGGGUCUUGUGAUAUUAUAUAUGGAGCACUAAUAUGCAUAAAAUAUUUGCCACUGGUUGUAAAUCAAUCAAUCAAUCAAUCAAUACAUCCAAUAUUAAAUGUUUCUGACUAAUAGUAUGGGGGAUUAUGAAAUUCAAAUGAAGAUUGAUUUAUUGAUAUAAAAAAAGGUAGUUACUAAAAACAAAAAAAAUAUACAUUAUCGAAAUUACUUAACUGGUAUCAAUAUUUUUAUACAAAAGUUUUGAGGAAAAUGAAAAAAAAAACAAUUUGUCUUUUAUAACAUUUAUAUUGUUGAUUAUACAGUAAUGAAACAGUUGUUGAUGGUAUAUACAAUUUUAUGCUUGUCAUGCAUAUUAUGUAUGUGUCAGAGGCAUCAUCUUUAUUUGAUUGCUUAGAUUGAUGAGAAACUGAAUUUUAGAAAAUUAAAUUUAAAAUUUGACCAAGCGAUAUUAGAUUUUAUAUUCUGUAAAGUGUUGAUGAGCUGUCUAGAUUAUGUAACCAGAAAGUGAUAAAUCUUUAAAGAGUGGUUAGGGAAAUAAAUGAACUUCAUGUUGUGUUUGAGUAAAUGUUACAUUGUAUGCAGAUUGAUAUCUUAUUUUUGUAGAAUUAAUUACAGUGUCUAUUUGAAAGGCUUUGUCCUUUUGAAAUACCAAUUGGGCAAAAUCUUUUUUUUUUCUAAAUUAAACCUUCAGUGCAUUUCUUCAAAGUGAUCAUCUGGGUAAAAAUUUUAGAGAAUUUUAAGGGAAAUUUUGUUAGCAUGAAGCAAAAACAGUGUAAAAUUGGGCUUAAGUGUUCCCCAGUUAACUAGUUUGAAAACAUUCCUCUGAAAAAUAUUUUGAGGAAUUGGUAUUGGUUUAAUGACAAAACCUUUCAAAUAAGCACUGUUAGUUGAAAGUAAAAUGCAUGUAAACUGAACAUCAUUCUAUUAUUUUUAUAUAUAAUUGUUUUGGGUACAGAUUUAACAGCAUUACAGUUUGUUUGUGUCAUAUCAUUAUGUUAAAUAACGAUGUUCCAUUCUUCAGUGCCAAACUACAUGCCCAUUUUUUUUAUAUAAAUACAAGGUAUCCAUCCUUGUGUCAGUCCGUAUUGUAAGGACACACAUACAAUUCUUUCCAGAUUUUGAGUUUUGAUGUGUUUGAUAAUCAUCACAGGUCAACUAUUUUACAGAAGUUAUGUCCUUUGGAAAUAAAAAUAUAAAGACAUUGCAUUUUAAUGACCUCACGCAUACAUUUCUUUAUGAAAAUUUUAUAAAAGAACCCAAAGUUAUUAGUCUUAGACAGAUUAAUAUUUGAAUUGGCCGUUGACAUUGGGACACUGUUUUCUUACUUUUUUUUUUGAAUGGAAAUUUGCUUUUCACCUUAUACCAUUUUUAACUUGCACUGGAUUUAAAUCAUAACUAUAGUGUGUUUUUCUUAACAUAUUUUAUUUUAGUUUUACUUUUAAAAUGUGUUUUGUUCUAACAACAACAGCUGUUAAGAAGGUGACAGAAAUUUAUAGAAUGUCAAUGAGACAAAUUGUAAUGAUUUGUUUUGAUAUAAACAGUUUUCAUGGAUCGAUUGUUAAAGUUGUUAAAUAUUAAUCUGAAUAAAGGUUAUGUCAAUUUC